GGAUGACGUCGGUCACCGCCCGCUAAGCGAACAAGCAUGUGAGGGAGCCUGUUUCCGGUCUCACACGAUCGCCCAUUGACUUCGCAGCUUCUCGGUACUCAUCGACUGAUCUGCAAACCUCGCAUCAGCCCUUGCAACAACACACUUUCUACCUCUCUAUCCAACCACUACUACCCCUCAUACAUCAUGUCUUACGCAGAGAUGGCUGCCAAGGGCCCCAAACAGAGCCCCGAGGAGCAUUGCAGUCGCGCACCCGUCCAACCUGAGAUCGAGCACGCUUCCGAAGACAGUGUACACUCCCUGGUCGACGUAGACAGCCCGCACAUCUCCUCGGUCCCCUCGGACUACGAGUCGCAAUCCGUCAAGACCGACACGCAAGCCGAGCGCAUGGAGCGUGAAGAGGAAAUUAAGGAGGAAGCUAAGCAUAUCAAGGAGCGUGCUGCGGCAAAGAAGGAGGCUGCUAAGGACAAGAUGAAGAAGAACGCCGACAACCCAGUUGUGCUGAGCAACGCAGUCGGUCUUGCCGUCGUUGGUGGCAUCGUUGGAUUCGGCGCAUACAGGCAGUAUGCCCGCGGCGAGCUGACCGGCAAGGUCGUCGCGGCCUGGGCUGCUGUCAUUGGACUGUUUGGCGUUGGCGACUACUAUGUCAGCCAGUACUUCUUCAAGCGCAACCCACCGAAAUAGACGUGCUGCCCGGUCGCUUUGUCCAAAUUUGCACUCCACUUCAACAGCACCUCGUACGACACAAUCAUGCUGAAAUCUUGAUCAUCUGGACUGUACCGAUUUGGCUAUGUUGUCUUUUGCUUUUCCGCGGUACCAUACAGCAAGCAAGGGUUUCUCUACUCGGUUUCGGUCUUGAGGCGAGAUGCUUUCAUGAGUCCACUUCUGUAUAUAUGAGGUCAACGUUCAAUAUACCCGUUCAAACAUCA